AUGGCUGAGGUCAGCAAAACACCUGCUCCACCAACCCCUCGUGUGCGAGCACGCAAUAAAAGUGAGGAAUUGAUAAGUUCCAUUAUGCGCAAGGUUGAUAACAUAAUGAAUGCGCGAUUGGUGGCGCUUGAGGAGCGGCUUCUCCCACAAAAACGUGUCUGCCCUCCGCUGGCUGAUGAUGAGCGCAGAAUUGUAAUGACUUAUGCAGACAUACUACGACGGAAGUAUGAUACAAAUACGAAAGGUAACAAUAAUGCUGUAAAAACAAGAACGGGCAACAAGGAAAUUGCUGCGACGGAAAUACAAACGGGAAACAGAAAGGGAAAGGGACUCAAAGAGAGAACCAAAGAAAUGGCAACUAACCAGCUAACAGAAUCUCGCCCUUAA